CGUGAUGUGAACAAGCAAAUAAUCACGUGAGAGCUGUGUUCUUAGACGAUCCGCGCUGUGGAAGCUGAACCUUCAAGACGAAAACACCAUGAUGUCUCGCCUCGCCUUUACCGUUACCCUGGCCCUAGUGCUCUACUACCCCCCGACCAUGGCCCAGCCACGUGAAGGGAAGAACUGCUGUCUCCCCCGGCAGUGGGAAGGUUUUCUGGGGGGAAUUGGCGGCCUAGUGGCUGGCGGUGAGGGACAGGUGAUUCAGACUAUAUCCAGGAUAGCCUUUGACGCCGAGAGUCGUCGGGUAUACGCCUACACCAACAGUACAACGGCCAAGGGAGUCUCCUCCAUGAAGAUCAUUCAAGACUACAAUACCAGUACGAUGUUUGUUAUUGAUGAAAUGACGCGGACGUGCCAGAAGACUAAGAAUACCCUGCCUUUCAACAACGGAUGCGUUCCUGAUGACGCUAAGCGUGUGUUUGACAUGACCAUCGGAGAGGGUAGUGAGACAUUGCAGGUCAAGAUCUUCGCAAUGCGUCUCCAGCAGGCAAAGACUCUGUUGGACAUCCAGUUUUCCGUCACUGAGAAACAGUGCGUACCUGUCGGCGAGAACUGGACCGGCUCAGUGAACGGCGUCAAGAUGGUCAUGUCGAUGGGGUACUUUGGCAUCACCCCCGGGGUAAAAGACCCUUCCGUCUUCACGCCUCCAAGUUUCUGUAAACAGAACACGACAAGCGAAGUGCCCGCCUUCCACCCAAUCCUCAACUACAAGAUCUUAGGCGUGUAAAUCAGACGUCGGCCCUUUCGCCACAGCAACAUAAAACUUUGAUUAUC